CAAGCCGGCGGACAACAAGCCAGAAAAGAAGAAGGUGUAACGUUAGCAUAAACAGCUAGCCUAGCCGUGUGUAUCUUGUGUAGAUUUAGCAAACCCAAGAAGAAAAAUCCAUCAAAGAACAUUUCAUACCUGCGAACACGUCAAACCACACUUUAGGUUUCAUAUUCUAAGGGUCGCAUUUAAUCCGGGUACAGUAACACUGUAACACCACUUGCAGUCAAGUGACCCAAGAAAAUAAUGUGCUGCAGCUGAAGAUGGGUGGGAGUGGCUCCAAAUCCAAAGGAUUUUGGCCUUUUUCUGGCUCAGGUAGUGUUGACGAUCCAACCAAAGAUGGAAACGAGCAGUCCAUGGCGAAAGUUCGAAGUUUCCCGAGUGUAACCCCUUUUGUGUUAACUAGAAAAAGCUCUAUGUACUUCGAUGAAGACGGCGACUUGGCCCAUGAGUUCUAUGAAGAGACAAUUGUGACAAAAAAUGGACGUAAAAAAGCCAAGCUGAAGAGGAUCCAAAAAAACCUAACACCUCAGGGAAUUCUAAAGCUGGAGAUCCCUUGCAUCCAUGUAGAUUUCCCAGUUGUCCUCUGUGAAGCCUGAUGAUGUCUGAGCAGUGUCUCAGAGUAUCCACUGUGUCAACUCCAUCCUGUGGUUUCCCCUGCAGCUGGAAACCUGAACCACCUUUUAAAAUAACAUGAUCUCUUGAUAUAUUUGACGCCCUUAUGUGGACUGGCUGAUGCGAUGUGUGCUGAGCCUCUGCAUGUGAUCUGUUUUGGCCUGUGUGCAGUUAGUCACAGAAUAGGUCACCAAUGGAGAUCUAGAAGGGUGCCAAGAUGGGAAAACCUACUCAGUUUACAGGUCAUGGUUUGUGUGCAUGUAAGUGGGAAUGAGUGUGCAGACACGGGAUGAAAUGUGACAGAGUCCUGAAUUUAUUGCUGCAGAUUAUUUUCUGGUAUGAUUCAUUGAACUCUAGGAGUUUUGAGGUGAAGGUAACCAAUGUGUCCCUCUGUCACGGUCAUAUCUAGAGCGAGAAAGGUUUAUGUGCACACUUUUGUUUUUUGACACCACCAUGACUUGCUUUAUUAUGCAUGAAAAGGAUCUGCUUAUUGGUAAUAGCCUAGGGAGUUGACAAUCAGUGGCCCACAAAUGCUCAAGUUGAUUAAUGUCAUGAUGUUGGAUGGACUGGCUUCAAUGACCUCGGAUGAUGGUCAAAUGGUGGUCACAUGUACACAGCAGCAGUGAGUAGUAAGAGAUCCUGUUUCGUUUGCUGCUCUGGCAUACUAUCUUUCACUUUUAAUUUAUUAUAACUGUUUUUUAAUUACAAUAUCAAAUGCUAAACUGUGUCAUGGUCCUUUUUAUAUUAAUACAGUUGAACAGCAAAUUAAAGUACAUGUACUUUGUCACAAGCUAUCCAGAUCAAAGGGGAAAUGACAUUCAUGAACAUAUUUUAUAAUCAUUAACUAAAUAAACUCCUGGGACAUUC